CGUAGKCUAGAAAUUACUUUUCCAGGAGUAGCAAGUGGUYGCAAUACCGUCGACUCUUCAUUCCUUGCGACAACCUUGUUACGAUGAGCGCUGACAGCAAUGACAACAAUACCAUUGAGAACAAAUCCAAUAAUGAAAAAUCCAGAAGCCAACCACAGCGGGGAGCGGGAAAACGCAAGCGAAAACGCCUCGAUCCUUUCACAUCCAGGGUGGUGGUGGUCGGAGCAGGCCUCGCGGGCCUGAGCACGGCCCUUUCCCUGCGAAAAGCAGGCUUUCGAAAYGUUUGCGUCUACGAAAAGGAUCCGAGCCUGGAGUACCAAAAAGAGGGGUACGGUUUGACGCUGACGUACAACCCCAAGGGGCCCCUGGCRGACCUCGGGGUCCUGGAAACCGUCGCACAGCGCGACUGCCCCAGCCGAUCGCACUACUUAUUUCGCCAGGAUCCACCUGGGAGGAAAAAAUCGUCAUCGCYWCUACCAACCGAUGAGCAGCCACCCACCGAAUCCGGUGCACCAGCUUGCGUCAGCAGCGAYGAUUCGAACCAAACGACGACGACAGAAACAAUCGAAAACGAAAUCGAAAAUGACACUGCGUUCCCCAUGGGAUAUUUCGGAAACGCCUUUUUUGGGYCAUYCACGGGCAACUAUCGAAGGGGGUACGGCCAGCGUGGAAAUCUGCGGGUYCCCCGCAAGGUCCUGAGGCGUAUUCUGUACGACGAAUUGCUGCGGAUACAGCAAGAGCAAGAACGAGAAAUGGAAGCAGUGGGGGACAAGGAUGCCGAUGGCGUAAACAGCAGUGACACCAACAGUGACGAUAAGAAGAAAAAGUCUUCCAGCRGUGUCCCUGAAGCUGUUUAUUGGAAUCGUGCUCUCUUGGAUUUUCGAUGGGACGGAACCACGCAACAAUACCACUUGCAAUUUGAAACYCAUCAUCUGUCACAGCCCAGCAACGGCUGCUUGCAACGGCAAAGUCAAGGGAAGUCCGAAGUGAUUGAAGCUACCGCGGACUUGCUAGUUGCUGCUGACGGGAUYCGAUCUUCGGUCUUGCAGAAACUCUAUAUCCAGAAACUURUGCAAGAGCCCCGCAGACAACCAAAGAGCGAAAGUGAAGACACGUUGUGCAACGACAAUAUCGCUCCAAAUACCUCGGCAAUCCCGACAACGACGAGACCAUCCCAGGGCCAAAAUCCUCUGCCAACUAUUCGAGAACAGCCCGAACUCUACGGUCUGAGGCCCAUGGGGAUCCGCAUGAUCCUGGGAAUCGCCGAUGGGAUCGACCACCCCCUUCUCMGAGAGCGUGGAUUCUACACCAUCGACACCCACGGUCACAGGCUGUUUACGAUGCCCUACGUAUCGAGCCGAUUUGAUGGCAUGGAUGACGUCAAAAACAUCGAUGGAAUCCAAAACAACAACAACAACAACAGCAGCAGCGAAAAUUCAGCAGAGGAAACAGGGAGCAUCGAAAGGAGGACAAAAAAGAAGAAUCGAAUCAUGUGGCAGCUCUCGUUUUCUACACCUAUCAAUCCAAACACGCUUGACUCUGCCUUCCUCYGCCAGUACGUUCUGGAAACGUUUCAUUCCUGGCACCCACCCGCACUGGAUCUGGUUCGAUCGACACCACCCGCUAGCAUCUGGGGGACGGAUCUGAUGGACAGGGAUCCCCGAGCAGUCUACCGAGAGCUGAUUGUCGGAACCGGUGGCAAGGGAUCCAUCGAGCGGCCGCGGCUGGUCGUUUGCGGGGACGCCCUCCACUCGAUGUCUCCCUUCAAGGGACAAGGAGCCAAUCAGGCCCUGGCCGAUGGUCCGCUUCUGGCGCGGUGGCUCUCGAAGUCGUCUAUCGACGCCGCCCUCACCAAYUGGUGGAGGGAGACCCUAAACCGGACCGUGCCGGUGGUGGAGGCCUCCCGCAAGGCCGCGAUCGAUUGGCACAACCCCGAUCGGAUACUCGGAACGACCGAGGAGGACCACAAGGAAUACCAUGGUUUUGCAGGCGUCGAAGCCUCGUCCGUCCCCGAGUUGGUCGAAAUCCUGAGGAAACGGAAAGUCGGCCCACAUCUCGGGGGUCAACUCGACCAAACGGUCCGUGAGGUCAUUCGAGAACACGGGUGGUUCGAGCAAGAGACCAUGGAACCGGAAGUCGAUGUUAUGAAACAGCAACCACAAGAACGUUGUAGUGCUAUUUGCGAGCGGGUUCUCGAGCUAGCUUCUGCCGGGGACACCGCUGGAUUGCGAAAGAUGAGCUUGCCUUCGUCCUCAACCAAAAAUACCAACCUCAAAAACUGCGCAGCCAUGGUGGAUGCUAGAGACAAGAACGGCAGAAGUUGCUUGCAUCUCGCKGCGAUCGGAAACCAUUGGUUUACCUGCGUGUGGCUCUUGGUGGAGCURAAGAUUCUGGAGCAGUGGAAAGAGCAACACCACGUGAACAAGAAGAGUCCUCCCAGCCACAACACGGAAGGACGGGGCCCAAAAGAUGAAUACGGAAAGACAGCCUUCGACUACGCUUUCGAAACGGGAAACAAAAACUUGGCGAAUGUGUUCGAGAMUGUCUUACAAGGCCGUUGAUUAAUUAAUUCCUAGUCAUCAUUGAAUGCAGUAAAACGAGAGACUAGAGAGACAACCAGAGGACUGAAACCAUGGAAAGAGACAAUCCAAGAUGUGUUACAAACACCUCAUCGUUCUGUCCCGGCACACGAAGUCAGUUGCUCAAUAUCACGCGUAUCCUCCCACUUAGCUMCAAGUUUCUUAGAUUGAGAAUUCUCGGUUUUCACUAGACAUUUGAGGAAUUGUUCCGUACGAGUCUGUUUUGAUCGAGCAACUGGACGAUUUUCUCCCUUCCCACGAAGUCUAUGAUUCUAGUUUGCAGAAGGAACCGAUUUCGAACAUUGCUCAGAGUUACUGAUAAGUGGUUGGUGCUAUGUGCAUAUUUCAUGAGUAUUUGCUGAUAAUUAAAAAYAAUACUAGAAG